AUGGAUUCAAGUCAACAACAUGUCAACUUCCAUGAUGACGUUUCUCGCUCAACAGCCAACAACAACUACAACUCUGAAGGCCAAAACAAAACCACUUCCAAUAUGAGCGCAUGUUCUUCAACAACAAGGUUGAAUCAAAGGAAGAAAGAAGAGGAACAAACUUCUGGAGAGAAGUCUAACAAGAUGAUUCAUCAUCAUGGCUCUUCUUUUUUCAAGAACAAUAAUAUGAAAUCAUGUCCACUCGUUGUUGGUGUUCUUUCACCAUGCAUCACUGUCAUGAAUGUGAUUUUGAUUCUAUUUAUUUUACAAGGAUUGUUUGGAUUACUUUCAUCAUUCAUCUUGUUAUAUACAAGUGGAUAUAAUAUUAUUCAAAGAACUUAUACGAAACAAAAAAUUCAAAUGAGUCUUGUGGUUGAUUACCAAAUUAGUGAAAUGAUUAAAACAACAACUGUUACAAUUAAUCAAUUAUUACAAGAAUUGAAUGGAAUGAAUUUAAAUGAUGAAAUGAGUUGGAUUGUUCUAUUCAAACACUCUCUUACUUUUUUUGAACAAAAAUUACCUUUACAAAUAUCCUAUUUUGGAAGAUUUGACAAUUACUUUUUAGGAGUGGAACGAACAUAUAUUAGAAAAUUUGAAAAAACAAACAAUCCAUCUCUCGUUCGUACCAUGAAUGAAUAUAACAUGACCGAUGACUUGCCUCAAAUUCUAAAUCCUUCUAAUAUUCGAUUCUCUCAAAAUAGUACAUUUUCAGUCACUGCUCGACCUUGGUACAAUUUAUUUCUUAAUGUCACUAAUCCUAAAAUUUUAUGGAGUCCAUUGUUUUUCUCAUUUAUUGGACAGCCUUCCAUAACAGCAUCGAUUCCAAUCUAUAUUUCAGAGACCAUUUCAUCGACUGAAAUUCUCUCCAAUGUUACAAAGAAUCAAGCAUCGUUGAAUAAUUUGACAAGUGACAGCAGUCAAGAUACCACCGAUUCACUCUACAUAUUGAAUACUAUUGAUGGAUAUAAAAAUUAUACAGAUUUAAAAAUUUAUCGAAAUGAAUGGGCUCCAAGAAAUCCUAAUCAUUUAUAUGGAGUCAUUGGACUACAACUUAAUUUGGAUAAUAUCACCAAGAUAUUAGACCAAUCUGCCAGAAAUGCAGGUAUCGCAGUAGCAUUUAUAAUUAAUUCAUAUGGUGAAGUUGUGGCAUCCACGAAUUUGAUCAUGACAGCUUCCUUGAAUAGUAUUUCGAAUAGUUCCAUAUUUAGUAAUUCCUCUUCUUGGUCAACUUCAACUUUCAAUGUGGUACAAGAUUUAAUGAACGAAGUCAAAUCAAGAGGAUUUUUACAGAAAAUAACAGAAUGGAAGGAUUUGAAUUUUCAGAGACAAGAUUUUAAUGAUAGAGCAUCCAUAAAGGAUUGGGGAAGUUUUUUAUACACGAGACCGAAUAUUCCAACUUUGGAAGUUUAUCAAUUCACCAUUACAGAUCAAUAUGGACUUAAUUGGGGAAGUGUUAUUGCGAUACCUCAUCGAUCAUUUGUCGAUGAGGUCUUGUCAGGUAGUAUUAACUCUGUCAUUAUCUUCUCGAUUGUUCUUUUUUUUGGAAUUUUUAUUUUAUUUACUGUCAUUCAAUGUAUUCAAAUGUCUCUUCGAUCGAUUAAGAAACAAUUGAAAGAAUUGGUUCAUUUCAACAAUCCAUUCCAAGAAAAGAAAUCCUUCAAUUUAUUACAUGACAUUCGACAAAUGCAACAAAGUCUCAACACAAUGAAAUCCUCACUUUCAAUUUUCUCAAAAUAUGUUCCCAAAAGUGUUACAACUCAAUGUUUGUCAAGACAAAUGACCUUACAAGACAUGACAGUCAUGUUUAUUGAUCUUGAUGGAUUUUCCCUAUUACCAGAUAGUAAUACAGUAUGUGAUGAUAAUUUUCAUGAAAAAUCUCACAACACCAUCAAGAUGGAUCGUGUGAAUUUUAUUUCCUUUUCCACAGAACUUUUUACUGAAAUUUAUGGAAUUAUUGAGAAGAAUAAGGGAAUAGUGGAUUUCUAUGGACAGAAUCGAAUGAUUGCCUUUUGGAAUGAUACCUCACGAUCAGGUAUACAGACAGAGAAUCAUGAAAGAUUGGCAUGUAUGGCUUGCUGUGAAAUUGUCAUGGCUUUGGAGAGAUUAAAUUCACAUUGGUUGAAACAAUUCAUGUUGAGAAGGGAUUGUCCAUUGAUAGGUGGACCAUCGAUUGGAGUGAAUAGUGGACGUAUUUUAUGUGGAAAUAUAGGAUCACAACAACGCAUUUGUUUUACGGUCAUGGGAGAUGAAGUCAACAUCUCAUCAAGUUUAUCCAUUCUCAAUCAUAGAUUUGGAACUCGAACACUCAUUGGCGAAAAGACACAUCAUCAUGUGAAGAAAGACUUCAUUUGUUAUUUUGUUGAUUUGGUUGUUUUGAAAGGUAAAGAAAGACCAAUCAAAGUUUAUAGUUUGGAAAUGAAUCAAGAGGAUGCCACCCAUGAACAUUUCAAAAUGAGAGAUUAUUCAAAUGAAAUUGAGAAAUGUCUCUUUUCAUACCAAUUCGAAAAGAUAUUAGAAUUGUGCCAAAUGAUCAAUUCAUCAAAAGACAUGCAACCCAUUCUUCGACCAUACUUCAUCCUUCAACAUUGGAGUCAACGGGCAAUACAUUUAAAGUCUCUCCAGAGUCAACAACAACAACAACAACCUUUGAGGAGUGAACAUCUUCCGUUCCGAGUGGAUGAUUAG